ACCCACAAUCUUGUUUGAAUCCAAAUGGGUUUCACUGCAAACUACUUUCCCAAUCCAACAAUCCCUUUGUCAAGUUACCAUCACAGCGCACAGUGAGAAGAAAAAGAGAGAAGCAGAUUUUGUAUUCUACUCUUGAGAAAAAUCCAGUUUACGAAAUGACUUCUCAAUUCAAUUCAACAAAACCCCUUUUCUUCCUAAAAUUCCCAAUCUUCUUCAUCCCACCCAUUUUCGAAUAUAUCCAUCCUUCCCCCACCAUUUUCCUUGCACUUAUGUAGUGAAAGAGAAUACCAAACGAUUUCGUUUAGAUAUGUUCUUGACUGACUGCCUUUCCAUUGUAUUUUGACCAAAUAGUGAUUACUAAUCAAACUUGGUUUGGUUUCACUUAGGAAACCCAUUUGGGUGGAUGGAUUUUGGAAUAUUUUACUUAUUUUCAAUGUUUUGUUUUGUAAUUUGGAAAUUGGGAUAUUACUAAUUUAUUACCCAUGGAACUGUUUGUUUACAAAGACAUUGAUGGGCUUCCCUUUUGAUUGCUAAAACUUCCAUAGACAAAGUGUUUCUGGUAAUUUUGUACUGAUCCUAUUCCCCACAAAAAAGGUGGUGGCAAAAAAAGUUCUUUUUGUACACACUGCGAUGAUGGUGAUGAUGAUGCCUGUAAUCCCCAACAGCAGCAUCAACCCUUCUCAACAAAAUUCCUUUCUUUUCCUUUCCUCCCUCUUCUACCAUUCCUUUUUCUCCUCCUCUUUCCGUCUUAUCUUCCCCAUAAUCCUGUGGAUAAUGCUUUCCAUUUGCUUUCCUUAUGCUAUGUAAUCACACCCCAUUGAAAUUGAAAAAACUAGCUAGAAGCCGCUUGAAGGGUAUGGAGAAAAGGUGUGGUUGUUGGGGUGUUUUGACUCGUACUGUUUCUGGUGUUUGCAAAUCCUCUGCUUCUAGUGACUCUCCAAACACCAUUCCUCGAACUAGCCUAGUUUAUGAUUCUGCUACUGAAACACGGUAUUUAAAUGCUAGCAAUAGGGAUCUCUGUACCUUGAAUGAAGCUGAGCUAGCCUCUGAUAAUGCCAAUCCAUCACAAUCCGACAAUAAAACAACAAGCAAACUGCUUCAGUUCUCUUUUCAUGAGCUCAAGGCAGCAACUGGAAACUUUAGACCUGAUAGUAUUCUUGGGGAAGGUGGAUUUGGAUUUGUCUUUAAAGGAUGGAUUGAAGAGAAUGGGACAGCCCCUGCAAAACCCGGAUCAGGAAUUACGGUAGCUGUUAAGAGCUUGAAACUAGAUGGUCUUCAAGGCCACAGAGAAUGGGUGGCUGAGGUUGCCUUUCUCGGACAACUUCACCAUCCAAAUCUUGUUAAGCUUAUAGGUUACUGUAAUGAAGAUGAUCAACGUUUGCUUGUUUACGAGUUUAUGAGCCGUGGAAGUCUUGAGAAUCAUCUUUUCAGAAGAACUAUUCCUCUUCCUUGGUCCAAUAGGAUUAGGAUUGCCCUCGGUGCAGCAAAGGGAUUGGCCUUUCUUCAUAGUGGCCCAGUACCUGUUAUCUAUAGAGAUUUUAAGACAUCCAAUAUCUUGCUUGAUUCGGAUUACAAUGCAAAGCUUUCGGAUUUUGGUUUUGCAAAAGCAGGGCCUCAAGGAGACAAAACACAUGUUUCUACCAGGGUAAUUGGGACAUAUGGCUAUGCUGCUCCUGAAUAUGUAAUGACAGGGCAUCUGACAUCGAAGAAUGAUGUUUAUAGCUUCGGUGUUGUGCUUCUCGAGAUUGUAACAGGGAGAAGAUCCAUGGACAAGAAACGUCCAAGUGGUGAACAGAACCUCGUCUCAUGGGCUCGGCCAUAUUUAGCUGAUAAAAGAAAGCUAUAUCAUAUAGUGGAUCCCCGCUUGGAAUUCAACUAUUCCAUUAAAGGGGUGCAGAAGGUCUCCCAGCUUGCUUGCAGUUGCCUCAGCAGGGACCCGAAACUACGUCCAACCAUGGACGAAGUUGUGAAGAUUCUGACUCCACUACAAGAUCUCAACGACCUCGCCAUCCUAACGUCUCACUGUCGUUCAUCUUCACAAGGGAGGCGCAAAAAGAAACCUGAAGGCCUAACCUACACCCAAAGCUUCAGAGCUUCUCCAUUGAACACUGGAAAGCAGCAUGUAAGGUGAUAUCCGUCUCCAAAUCCAAAUCCCUCUCUGAUUAUGACAAGUAAACAAAGAUCGGAAAUCUUUGCAUUGGCUAACCGGAUUUGUUUAGAUAAUACUACAAACUAAAGCAUGUGUUUAGCUUCCUAUUCUAUUGAAGUAUUUGCCAGAACCAGAGGAAGAAUAGGAGAGGAAAUAUUGGAUCUUCCCUUGUAGGUCUGCAUUACCUUGUAAGUGAUUGAAAACUUUAGCUAGACAAGAUCUCUCAUUUCCAAGGUCGUCAUAUUUGCAGUCGCUUUCAUUGUAUCUUUCUUAAACAUUUAUGGGAAAAUAUUAAGCUUUCCUUUCUAUGAGGAAUUCCAUUC